UCAGAUGUUUUUAAAAUUUAUUCGAUAGAAAAACAGCUGUUUCCCUUAUCGAAAAACAAACUCAAGGUAAAACCACAAUUAUUUCUUUGAAAACUGAAAAAAACGAUGGAUUUUCCGGACAAAAUGGAUCUGGAGAAUGAGCGGGUGCUAAAACUAAUAUUUCCCGAUGGUGUGCCAGACAAUCUGCGUGGCAAUCCGGAGCUGGACAACUAUUUGGCCAAACUGGGCACCUGCAAGGUGGAACAACUAAAGAAGGAGCAAACGCGGCUGGCUGAGGAAGCCCGCACAAUUCUGGAGCAGACGCAGGAUUUGGCUAUUUCCAAUUACAAAACCUUCAUUACCACCGCGGAGAACUCGAGGUCCAUUUUCAGCGAGUUCCUGCGCUCGGAGCAGCACUUGGACACUCUGGUCGGCAAGCUACCGGAUCUUAGCAUCCAAUGCGAGCGCUUUCUGCAGGACUCCGCCGAGCUAAACGAGCAGCGGCGCCUCAACUCCAUCACGCUGCAGAAGAACGCCCAGCUGCUGGAGGUGCUGGAACUACCGCAGCUCAUGGAGCGUUGCAUACGCGAAGGCCGCUACGAGGAGGCUCUCGAACUGGCCGCCUAUGCCACGCGCCUGGGCCAGCACCAGGGACACAUUCCGUGGUUAAGCAUUGUUCGCUCGGUGGAGGCCCUGUGGCACACAAUGCUAGUGCAACUGGUGGCUCAGCUGCGCACCGACCUGCAGCUGCCCAAGUGCCUCCAGAUUGUGGGUUAUCUGCGCCGAAUGCAGGCCUUUGGAGACAACGAGCUGCGCCUGAAGUUCCUGCAGGCCCGAGAUGCCUGGCUCACCUCUUGCCUGGAGGCAAUUCCUACAGGAGAUGCCCAACAACACUUGACCAAAACAAUCGAAAUCACAAGGAUAAACCUAUUCAAUAUCAUUACCCAGUAUCGGGCCAUCUUUCCGGAAGAAGAGGGCCCAGGGAAGACCAGCCUUAAGCCGCUGCAGGGCGUCAGCUGCAACGGGGAUCGACUCUUUCAGGCCUGGCUUCAUAAUAAGAUCAACGCCUUUCUGGAGACUCUGGAGCGUGAUCUGCAGCUGGGAGUGGGCUCCAUUGAGACCGUGCUGGGCCAGUGCAUGUACUUUGGGCUCUCCUUCAGCCGCGUGGGCGCCGAUUUCCGUGCUCUCAUGGCGCCGAUCUGUGGCGUCAUCCGGCGGCGCUUUGAAACCACUGUGCAGCAGGUAAACGAACAGUUCGAGCGGGAGCUGGACAAAUUCACGCUGAUCAACAAGGGGUCUCUGCACUCGCAUUCCCGCAAGCAUGUGGAUCCCGAGCAAGAGUUUGCACCACCGGAGACAUUGCUGGACUUUUACCCGCUGGCCGCUCUCUGCAAUGGUUACCUCGGAGCCUUAAACGAGCUGCGCCUAUGUGCUCCACUUGCCUUGGCCACUGAUGUCACCCACUGUCUGCAGCACUCCUUGCAAUUGGCUGCUCAGCGCGUGUUGGCCUUCUAUAGGCAGGAACAGCGCUUUGCAGGCAGUGAACGAGAAGCGUUCAUCCGGCUGUGCUCGUGCCUGGCCUAUGACCUGGUGCCCUACGUGCAGCGCUGCGUUCAUGGUGUCUUUCCGCCGCAGUCUCUCACCGUCCACUUGGGCAUAAGUCUGCUACAGUUGGAGCAGCAGCAGCUCACCUACCUGGAACAGGCACGCAUUUUGGAACCGUUGAAGCAUCUGCUGCCCACAAGGUGCUGGUGCAAGAACCGACCGCAGAGGUGAAAUCUAUCGCGAGUGUGGCGGUCCCUACGGAGGAAUGAGAGUAUCAAAGGUAAACUGGCAAUUGUUUUCUAAAAAAUAUAUGUAUAAAUUUAGCAAUUUCAAUAUUUAUAACUUCUAAAGCUUAAUUAAUUAUAAAGUAAUUGCAAAAGCUAUAUACUUUGAGCUCAUUUACCUUUUCUAGCUCUCGGAGUAAUCAAUUGGGAAAGAUUAUUAGUAUUAU